AUGGUUUACUUGAAAUUAAAAUCAAUGGAAGAUAAAAAAGGAAGAAAUUGUGAUCAUUCAAAUGACUGGUGCUCGCAGGGCGGGAUAAACCAGAAACGUCAAGAUUAUCCUGGCAGGGCCAAGACACGUUCGAAAAGAGCUCUUCCCGGUUCAAAAAUGAUCGAAUCUCCUUAUACUCUUUCUCCCCCUCCUCUCGCCAAUGCCAUUUCGGAUGUUCCCGACCAUAAUUAUAAUAAGAAUGACGGUUUGAUGAUCGCUGGAAUAAUAAUUGGAUCAUUUAUAAUAUUAUCAAUAAUAAUAUAUGGUCUCAUUCGAUUUGCAAGGAAAAAGAAAAAAGAUGACGCUUCCAAAUCACAAGAAGAAGAACCACAACUCCCAGGGGGAUUACCCAUAAAUCAUCGAGCAUUAACCAUCAAUUUUGUUAAGCAUAAUCAUCAUGCACCUGAAUUAUGUACCACCCCAGAUACUCAACCAAUAUUAGAUUAUUACUCUUCAAAAGCUGGUUUGUCCUUAAGCCCUUCAUCUCUUGGUAGUAUUAAUGGUAAUAAAAAUUCAAAAACUUCCGCCGAUGAAAAAUGUACCACGGUCGAGAUAAACGAAACCACAGGGGAUUCCACCAAAGAAUUCUCUGGAGAUACCGAGUGCAAGGAUCAUUCCGUUGGAACGUCAAGUACAAAUCGCUAA